UCAUUAGCGUCUCGAGUACAGCAGCUGUUCCUGGGGUCGUGUGAAUGAAUGAACAUAAGCACGGGUUUUCCGUGCAAGAAAUACACAAAUAUAAACACUGAUUGAACGACGUAUUUGUUGUGUAUCUAACGGCGCCCACUGCCGGAUGAUAAGUUCAUUUGCGUGCUGCUGUCACGCGUGUUGGUGGUGUGUGGUUGACUACUCGUUACCACAUAAACUUGAGCGAGUUUCAACAGUUUUAGAGGAGUUGGUGGUCACUUCCAUAAAGCUCAUCUAGCCACUGUGCAGCGGUGACCUCAACUGUCUUCACUUCUUUGGGGCUCGAUACUCCCCCAUAUUGCAUUGGAAAUAUGGCCAGAAUUGGCAGUCUCUCCACCAAAGGCUCAGUGCUGUUACUGUGUGACAUGCAGGAGAAGUUCAGACCCAGUAUUUUACAGUUCACAAACAUUGUGAGCAAUGCUGCAAGAUUGCUACAGGGAUGUCGAAUCUUGGGCAUCCCCCAGAUUUUGACAGAGCAGUAUCCUAAAGGUUUGGGCCCAACGGUGCCUGAGCUGGGGGCAGAGGGCUUGAAGCCUCAUGCAAAGACUAGUUUUUCCAUGCUGACUGAGAGUGUGGAUAGCUUGCUCAAGAGUCUGGGAGAUCCUCAGCAAGUCAUACUGUGUGGCAUUGAGGCUCAAGCGUGCAUCGCGUGCACAACAUAUGAUCUCCUGGAGCGGGGCAUGGAGGUUCAUAUUGUUGCAGAUGCCGUCUCCUCUCGAAGUCAGACAGAUCGGCUUUUUGCGCUGUCACGACUGAAGCAGAGUGGGGCGUUUCUCACCACCACAGAAGGAGCUUUAUUGCAACUAGUGCAGGAUGCCAAGCACCCCAGCUUUAAAGAGAUCCAGAAGCUGUUGGCUCACCCCUCCCCUGAUACAGGCCUACUGGCCUUCUUCAGCUCUCUGUAGGGCCACUCACACACCACACCCUAUAGACGUGAUUACAUAAAUUACUGUAACUCAGCACAAACUGCUCUCUGUCUUGUUGGACUCCUAUGAACUAUGCAUUUACAUGUUCAGAUAUUCAAACAAUGAAACACGUAUUUACAUUUUUCAAAUCACUGUUUUCAUGUAAUUACUUGUCAGUAAUCACUAUUUAGGAAUCUAAAAAGAGUUAAAAGAGUUCAAAUUAAGAGUACAUUUCUAUUGUAUUCUGUACAUGCAAUACAUGCAAUACAUGCAACAAAGAAAAUAAAGCUUCUUGUACCAUAAUAGUAACUUCAUGUUUGUUAAUACAUAUGGUGUGAAUA